CCAACCCUAUCUGUUCACACCGGGACGGAGAGGGUCAAGAAGCACCCUGGUCCCAGUGGGGUCGCAGCCCCGGAGGUUAAGCCCGUGGAACGCCGCUUUGUACCAGACAUCCAGGAGAUCCGGGUCAGGUGAGUGGCUCCAGAGAUUGAUUGAUUGACUGACUGAAUGAGUCAGUGGUAUAUGGCUCCAGAGGUUUAUCAUUAAAGGUGGUGGAACUGACCUAAUCGAAUGCAGUGACAAUCAUGUACAGGACCCGGCUGAGUUAAUAAUGGGUGUUCUCAACUCAAUAGUCCUUCAUGGGUGCAGGGUUGGAAAGGCAUAUCAACUGAACAAGUAAGACCUGCUCACACUGAAAAUAAUUUUUGGAAGUUUGAAUUUCUUCAGCACCAGCCUUCGUUAGCGUUUUAGGCUUGAUCUUGAUUCUUCUGGCAGAACAAACGUUUCUGGACGGCAUUAAUCCUCUAGAUUUGGCUUUGCUACUCUUUAUUUUCAACUUGAGUCUUGUGCCUUUUAUAUUGGAUAUCAUCAAGUGUAGUUACACGCGUAGUGCACUUGGUCUUUCUUCCAGCCCCAUCGUGUCAAAGAAGGGCUACCUGCAUUUCCUGGAGCCUCACACCAACGGCUGGGUGAAGCGAUACGUGGUGGUGAGACGGCCGUACGUCUACAUCUACAAUACAGAGAGAGACAGCGUGGAGAGAGCCAUCCUCAACCUCUCCUCUGCCCAUGUCGAGUACAGCGAGGACCAGCAGGCCAUGCUUAAGGUACAUCACCUUUACACACCUUUACCUGACACCAUUACCUGCCGACACACCUUUACACACCUUUACCUGACACCAUUAUCUGCCGACACACCUUUACACACCUUUACCUGACACCAUUACCUGCCGACACACCUUUACACAUCUUUACCUGACACCAUUACCUGCCGACACACCUUUACAUACUUUUACAUGACACCAUUACCUGCCGACACACCUUUACACACCUCUACCUGACACCAUUACCUGCCGACACACCUUUACACACCUUUUGCUGACACCAUUACCUGCCGACACACCUUUACAUACCUUUACCUGACACCAUUACCUGCCGACACACCUGUACAUACCUUUACCUGACACCAUUACCUGCCGACACACCUUUACACACCUUUACCUGACACCAUUACCUGCCGACACACCUUUACACACCUUUACCUGACACCAUUACCUGCCGACACACCUUUACAUACUUUUACAUGACACCAUUACCUGCCGACACACCUUUACACACCUUUACCUGACACCAUUACCUGCAGACACACCUUUACACACCUUUACCUGACACCAUUACCUGCCGACACACCUUUACACACCUUUACCUGACACCAUUACCUGCCGACACACCUUUACAUACUUUUACAUGACACCAUUACCUGCCGACACACCUUUACACACCUUUACCUGACACCUUGACAUACCUUUACCUGACACCAUUACCUGCCGACACACCUUUACACACCUUUACCUGACACCUGUACAUACCUUUACCUGACACCAUUACCUGCCGACACACCUUUACACACCUUUACCUGACACCUUGACAUACCUUUACCUGACACCAUUACCUGCCGACACACCUGUACAUACCUUUACCUGACACCAUUACCUGCCAACACACCUUUACACACCUUUUACCUGACAACCUUUACCUACCGACACACCUUUUUAUUUAUUUAUUAUUUUUAUUUCACCUUUAUUUAACCAGGUAAACCAGUUGAGAACAAAUUCUCAUUUACAACUGCGACCUGGCCAAGAUAAAGCAAAGCAGUGCGAUAAAAACAACAACACAGAGUUACAUAUGGGGUAAAACAAAACAAAGUCAAAAAUACAACAGAAAUAAAUAUAUAUACAGUGUGUGCAAAUGUAGCAAGUUAUGGAGGUAAGGCAAUAAAUAGGCUAUAGUGCAAAAUAAUUACAAUUAGUAUUAACACUGGAAUGAUAGAUGUGCAAGAGAUGAUGUGCAAAUAGAGAUACUGGGGUGCAAAUGAGCAAAAUAAAUGUAAAUAACAAUAUGGGGAUGAGGUAGUUGGGUGGGCUAAUUACAGAUGGGCUGUGUACAGGUGCAGUGAUCGGUAAGGUGCUCUGACAACUGAUGCUUAAAGUUAGUGAGGGAGAUAAGUGUCUCCAGCUUCAGAGAUUUUUGCAAUUUGUUCCAGUCAUUGGCAGCAGAGAACUGGAAGGAAUGGCGACCAAAGGAGGUGUUGGCUUUGGGGACACCUUUUUACACACCUUUUACCUGCUGACACACAUUUACACACCUUUACACACCUUUACCUGACACCUUUUACCUGACACCUUUUACCUGCCAACACACCUUUACACACCUUUACACACCUUCAGCUGACACCUUUUACCUGACACCUUUUACCUGCCAACACACCUUUACACACCUUUACCUGACACCUUUUACCUGCCGACUCACCUUUACACACAUUACACCACUUUAACUGACACCUUUUACCUGACACCUUUUACCUGCCGACACACCUUUACACACCAUUACCUGCCAACACACCUUUACACACCAUUACCUGCCCACACAUCGUUACACACCUUUACCUGCCGACACACCUUUUUACACCUUCACUUGACACCUCUACCUGACACCUUUUACCUGCCGACACACCUUUACACACAUUUUACCUGAGGACACCUACAGUAGGCCUUGUUCCAAUCCCUUAGAAUGCAUGCCCAUUGCCCAAUACAUUGCUUAAUCCUAAAUCAGCAGGCCAUGCUCAAGGUUGAUAACCUUUUAUAAAGCAAAAAAAACUAAGUAAUGUCUGCUCACCAUUUAGCUGAUCCCAGUAGGUGCUCUGUUAAUAAAGCUUAAAGUGACUGACAUGGUCUUUGUCAGGUAGACCAACACCAGAUGAACUAUUACCAUGAACACCAUCUCCAUCUCCUGUCAUCUUUUACUUGACACAUACACUGAGUAACAUUAACCAAUGUCUACACUGUAUUUCUGAUCAAUUUGUUGUUAAUUUAAUGGACAAAAAAAGUAUUUUUUUUCUUUCGAAAACAAGGACAUUUCUAAGUGACCCCAAACUUUUGAAUGGUAGUGUACGUUGAAUUGAAAUUAACAAAGUAUCUAGGCCUAUAUAUACACACUGAGUGAACAAAACAUUAGGAACACCUGCUCUUUCCUUUGACAUAGACUGACCAGGUGAAUCCAGGUGAAAGCUAUGAUCCCUUAGUGAUGUCACCAGUGUAGAUGAAAUGGAGGAGCCAGGUUAAAGAAGGAUUUUUAAAGUCCUUGCGACAGUUGAGACAUGGAUUGUGUAUGUGUGCCAUUCAGAGGGUGAACGGACAAGACAAAAUAUUGAAGUGCCUUUGAACAGGGUAUGGUAGUAGGUGCCAGGCGCACCAGUUUGAGUGUGUUAAGAACUGCGACACUGCUGGGUUUUUCACGCUCAACAGUUUCAAAUCAAAUCAAAUCAAAAUGUAUUUGUCACAUACACAUGUUUAGCAGAUGUUAUUGCGGGUGUAGCGAAAUGCUUUCCCAUGUGUAUCAAGAAUGAUCCACCACCCAAAGAACAUUCAGCCAACUUGACACAACUGUGGGAAGCAUUGUAGAGUCCAUGCCCCGACGAAUUGAGGCUGUUCUGAGGACAAAAGGGGGUGCAACUCAAUAUUAGGAAGGUGCUCCUAAUGUUUUGUACACUCAGUGUACAGUAUAUCUACAGUAUUUGAAAAGACAGAUGUUUUUCCUCCCCGUGCUAAACCUCAAAGGGAAGCGUUCCUUCAGAAGCUGGCUGGUUUCAACAACACUGUACCUCUAUGUGUUUUCUCCCCAGACCCCAAACACGUUUGCUGUGUGUACGGAGCACCGCGGGAUACUGCUCCAAGCCAGCAACGACAAGGAGAUGCACGACUGGCUCUAUGCAUUUAACCCCCUCCUGGCUGGAUCCAUC